AACCGUCCUACCUACUACCCACUAUUGCGCAUGAUAUUUGUGGUGGAAAAAGCCUUGGCAAUGGACAACAUCGCUACGAAGCCUCGAGGGCCAUCCCCCCCUAACCUUCUUGUCUCGGUGUCAUUCCAAUUUUCCGGGUUCCCUCUUACAUUCCUCCUUCACAACAUACCUGCAGCUAAGUUUGGCAGUCGAGCCGGUCUUGGCAUCACCUCUGUUCAGCGCGGUUUCUAUCUUAGUUCAGACGCUGUACUUCGGGUAGCUGGUGAUGACACAACCGCUUCUCGGGGCCUUCCAUAAAAACCAUUUUUCAGCGAUAUUUCUUCCAGUGAACCCAGUAAACAAGUGCAGUUACUCAAUUCCCCGAACAGCAUCUAAGAAGGUUGACUCGUACCUCCAUGGUAUCGAUCGGAUGUAAGGCCGGAGUACUCGUUAGGAUAGAGAAAAUGUCAGAACGGUGAUAAAAUUACACAACACCUGGCAUCGCAAUAGGCUAUAUCGGAGACGAGGCAUGCUGUCCAGUGUUUCAGGUCUAUUUGGCACCACCUCGACACCCCAGGACUGUCACUGGCAUCGU